AUGGCUCAAGAGCAGCGUAUCACACUACUUCAGGAGGCUCAAGAGCGGCGUUUCCAGCAGCUUGAGUGUCGUAUCAAAGAGUGUCGUGCUGAUGCAGAUUAUCGGAUCAAAAUGUUUUGUGCAGAGGCAGAACAACGUAUCAAGGAGUGUCGCACAGAGGCAGACCAGCUUAUUAGGGAGUGUCGCGCAGAGUAUCGUGCGGAUGCAGAACAAUGUAUCGAGAAGCUUCGUGCAAAUGCAGACGCGCGUAUCACCGAGUUUCGCGCGGAGUGUCGUUUGGAGACUGAGCAGCGCACCAAGGAGUGUCGUGCAGAGACUGAGCAGCCUAUCAUGGAUUUCCGAGAGGAGGCAGAGCAGCAGGCAGAACAACGUAUCAAGAAGUGUCGCGCAGAGGCAGACCAGCUAAUCAGGGAGUGUCGCGCAGAGUAUCGUGCGGAUGCAGAACAAUGUAUCAAGAAGCUUCGUGCGGAUGCUGAGCAGCGUAUCACCGAGUUUCGCGUAGAGUGUCGCGUGGAGACUGAGCAGCGCACCAAGGAGUGUCGUACGGAGACUGAGCAGCGCAUCAAGGAGUGUCGUGUAGAGUAUGGUGCGGCUGCAGGGCAGCCUAUCAUGGAUUGGCGAGAGGAGGAAGAGCAGCAUAUCAACGAGUUUCGCGCGGAGGCUCAAGAGUGGCGCUUCCAGCAGCUUGAGUGUCGUAUCAAAGAGUGUCGUGCUGAUGUAGAUUACCGAAUCAAAAAGUUUCGUGCGGAGGCAGAACAACGUAUCAAGAAGUGUCGCGCAGAGGCAGACCAGCGUUUGAGGGGGUGUCGCGUAGAGUAUCGUGCGUAUGCAGAACAGCGUAUCAAGAAGCUUCGUACGGAUGCAGAGCAGUGUAUCAGCGAGUUUCGCGCAAGGUGUCGCGUGGAGACUGUGCAGAGCAUCAAGGAGUGUCUUGCGGAGACUAAGCAGCGCAUCAAGGAGUGUCGUGUAGAGUAUGGUGCGGCUUCAGGGCAGCGUAUCGAGGAGUGCGGAGAGGAGGCAGAGCAGCGUAUCAACGGGUUUCGCGCGUGGCUACAUCAUCGUUCUAAUCCUCAAGAAUGUCCCGCUUGCAAAGGCUUUGUUGGGGAAGAGAAAUUGGUUCCUCUUUAUGGUAAAGGAAGAUCGGUAACUGAUCCAAGAAUUGAGAUUCCUCCUCGUCCUUCCGACAUUCAUACGUUGUUUGCGAGCUUAGAGCAAACGCGUUUGUCUCGUGAGGCUUCAGAACAGCGUUUCAAGGAGUAUAUAGAUCAGUAUAUUGAGAAUUUUUGUAUGGCUCAAGAGCAGCGUAUCGCACUACUUCAGGAGGCUCAAGAGCGGCGUUUCCAGCAGCUUGAGUGUCGUAUCAAAGGGUGUCGUGCUGAUGCAGAUUAUCGGAUCAAAAUGUUUUGUGCAGAGGCAGAACAACGUAUCAAGGAGUGUCGCACAGAGGCAGACCAGCUUAUUAGGGAGUGUCGCGCAGAGUAUCGUGCGGAUGCAGAACAAUGUAUCGAGAAGCUUCGUGCGGAUGCAGAGCAGCGUAUCACCGAGUUUCGCGCGGAGUGUCGUUUGGAGACUGAGCAGCGCACCAAGGAGUGUCGUGCAGAGACUGAGCAGCCUAUCAUGGAUUGCCGAGAGGAGGAAGAGCAGCGUAUAAACGAGUUUCGUGCGGUUUGGGAGGAACAAUGA